GGAGAUCCCCGCAUCGUUGAUGAAUGGAUUCAGGGGUUAGAAUUUAUCUUUGAGGUCAUGGAAUGCCCCGAUAGGUAUCGCGUAGUUUGCGCUCAGCUUCAGCUCACUGGUGAUGCAAGGCUCUGGUGGAAUGCCUACUGGAGCAUGCGUCCUGGUGAAAAAGCGGGUUGUACUUGGGACAUGUUCAAGGAGCUAGUCCGUGAUAAGUACUACCCUUCCUACUAUCGGGCAGAGAUGGAGCGUCAGUUCUUAGCGCUCCAGCAGGGCACUCGUACUGUUGAUGAGUACGAGCGAGAGUUCACUAGACUUGCAGCUUUCGCACCGGAUCUUGUUCGCACGGAGGCUCAGAGAGCGCAGCGGUUCAUCGACGGACUUUUCCCAGCAGUCCGUCACAACAUCGUGGGACACGGGACCCAGACCUACGCUCGUGCAGUCUCUAUUGCCCAGGAGGUGGACGCUAGUAUCAGGAGAGAGGCAGUUCGUGAUCGUGCCCAGCCAUCUGCCCCAGUUCAGCCAUUCGCAGCUCCACCAGCUCUACCAUCCCCUCAGCCGGCAAAGGAGAAGAAGAGGAAGGGGAAGGGUGCACAGACUGACCGGAGGACUCGACAGAGACAGCAGCCGAUUCCACCGUGCCCGACUUGUGGACGACUUUACAGGGGAGAGUGCCAUGUGGGACAGGACAUUUGCUACUAUUGCCACGAGCCGAGACAUUUUGCGAGUCGCUGUCCGAAGAGACUCCAGCAGCAGCCUCAGCAGCCUCAGCAGCCACCACAGCAGCAGCAGCCACGUCAGCAGGCACAGAGGCCGCCUCAGCAGCAGCAGCAGCAGAGGGGCAGGCAGCAGGCCCGGGUUUACGCAGUGGAUCAGGCAGAAGCAGCACAGCAGCCAGGUACUAUGUCAGGGAUGGUUGUUCUCAAUGAUAUUCCUGUGUUUGCUUUAUUCGAUACUGGAGCGACACAUACUUUCAUAUCACGACGAUGUCUCGAUGCCAUCGGAGUUCACGUCGUUACCGCUGUCGAUCCUCUCGAGGUGAGUUUAGCCUCGGGACGAAAGAUAGUAACCUCAGCUAAAGCCUCAGAUCUUAGCCUUUCCAUCGGUGGCCGAGUGUUGACUGCCGACGCGUUUGUUCUCGAGAUGAAGGACUUCGAUCUUAUUCUCGGGAUGGAUUGGCUAUCCUUCUAUCAUGCAGACAUCAAGUGUCAUGACCGGGAGAUCACUCUCUAUCUUCCGGGAGACGAAUCGAUCACUUUCUUCGGUUCCAGGAAUCGUUCACUGCCUCAUGUUGUUUCAAUGGCGAAAGCCACUAAGUUACUGCGACGAGGCAACUGCCAGGGUUAUCUGGUUAGCCUUGUCGAUGAUUCUCAGAAAGCGCGAAUGCCUCAUGAUGUUCCAAUCGUUCGCGAGUUUGUGGACGUGUUUCCAGACGACCUUCCAGGAGGACCGCCCAACCGUCAGGUGGAGUUUUCUAUCGAUCUUAUUCCAGGGGCCGGUCCAGUAUCCAAAGCCCCGUAUCGUAUGGCGCCUAAGGAGUUGCAGGAGCUUAAGACCCAGAUUCAAGAGCUGUUACGACUCAGUUUUAUUCGACCGAGCGUGUCACCUUGGGGAGCACCCGUUCUCUUUGUUAAGAAGAAGGACAGAUCCAUGCGCAUGUGUAUCGACUACCGGGAUCUUAACCGGUUAACGAUCAAGAAUAAGUAUCCGCUUCCCAGGAUCGACGACUUGUUUGAUCAGCUGAGGGGAGCCUGUGUGUUCUCAAAGAUUGAUUUACGAUCAGGCUACCACCAGCUAAAGAUUAAGGAGUCAGAUAUCGCUAAGACCACUUUCAGGACUC